AUGAUAGGCAGAAUAUCGGUUUAAGGGCGUGGAAGAUUCUAGUAGUUUGUAGACCUUUCUCGAAGUACAGUCGUUAUGUAUAAAUUAUGAACGUUGGAAACAGUAGACGUAUUAUACUGUCAGAAGUCGUUGUUUCUUGUAGUAGGGUAAAGGAGACUCUUAUGUGGCUUUUGUUUCUUUAUUGUACGUGUUUGUAAAUAACCAUAAGAGUACUGUUUUAAGUUAUAAAACGUAAUUAAGAGCAUUAAAAAAAAUAAUAGUAUUUUGGGACUUCUAAUUAAACUCGAUAUCUGAAGUAUCACAAUGGGAAAAGAUUAUUACAAAAUCUUGGGUAUUCAGAAAGGCUCUUCGGAUGAGGAGAUUAAAAAAGCGUAUCGUAAACAGGCUCUCAAAUACCAUCCAGAUAAAAAUAAAUCUCCGGGAGCUGAAGAAAAGUUUAAGGAAAUUGCUGAAGCGUACGAUGUUUUGAGUGAUCAAAAAAAACGAGACAUAUAUGAUAAAUAUGGAGAAGAAGGACUGAAGAAUGGAACAGGAGGAAGUGAUGGGUCUUCAUUCAGUUACACUUUUCAUGGUGACCCUCAUGCCAUGUUUGCAGAAUUUUUUGGAAAUCGAAACCCUUUUGAUAUGUUCUUUAACCCCCGAAAUGGAGAUGAAGACAUGGAUGUAGAUGAUCCAUUUGCUACCUUUGGCAUGGGGGGAAUGGGAGGUUUAGGAGGGAUGGGAGGAAUGGGCGGAAUGGGCUUUCCACGAGCUAGACAUAAUCGGGACAGUGUAACGAAAAAGCAGGACCCCCCUGUUACUCAUGAUCUUUUUGUUUCCUUGGAGGAGAUUUACACAGGCUGCACAAAAAAGAUGAAAAUAUCUCACAAACGUUUGAAUCCAGAUGGGAGAACUGUAAGAUCAGAGGAAAAGAUCUUGGCUAUAGAGAUCAAGAAGGGCUGGAAGGAGGGCACCAAGAUCACAUUUCCCAAAGAAGGAGAUGAAACUCCCACUAACAUCCCUGCUGAUGUUGUGUUUGUUUUGAAAGAUAAACCUCACCCGUAUUUUAAGAGAGAUGGUUCUGAUGUAAUCUGUCCAGUCAAGGUCAGCCUUCGUGAGGCUUUGUGUGGUUGCAAAGUGAAGUAUCGAACUUUGGACGAUAGGAGUUUGUCAUUAACAGUGAGUGACAUCAUCAAGCCAGGAAUGCGGCACAGAAUUCCAGGAGAAGGACUGCCAUUCCCAAAGAACCCUACUCAGAGAGGGAAUCUUAUUUUGGAAUUUGAGGUGCAAUUCCCAGACAGAAUUCCCCAGGCUUCUAAAGAAGCUUUGAAGGAUAUACUGCCAGCAUGAAAUGCUCUUUUUAUGUAUGACAUGUAUUGGAAUAGCUUGAGUCACAAGUUUAAAUUGUAUAUUUUUUAAAUAUAAAAAAUGGCAGGGCGAUCGUUCACCUGUGUCUGAAUAACAAACACAGGAUUAUUGCUGCCUUUAAGCAUCUCUGUAUAGAGAUGUUUUAAGUACUUGGUGUUUACUCCUUUUAUGGUCAUCUGAAUGGCUUUUUUUUUCUGCAGUCCAGACUACAACAGACUGCUACAUUUCUGCCAGCCAUACUUGGAUAACCUUUGGAGGAGCAAACAUGACUGCCAUUUUAAAAGGUAUUGAGUUUUAUUGGUGGUUGAUAUUGAUUAAAUUAGACUGGAGAGUAAAAGUCUAUAGUUACAGCUUGGUUAAGGUCACCAUUCUGAGGUAGAUGAAUAUGGCUAAAGAGUAAAGGAAAUGUGCAGUUGGAGACUCUCCUUAAAAACUGAGGAGCACAAACAUCUGCUAUAAUUUUUAAAUGUUUGUAUCAGGUUUAUUGUUGGUUACUGGUGAAAUCAGAAGUCUAUUGUUAAAGCUUGACCAAUGUCAACAGUUCUGAGACAAAUUAAUUUGGUUCAGGAGUAUAGGUAAUGUGCAGUUGAGCAAUUUUCCUUACAAAAUUAAGACUGCCUUAUUUUGGUGUGAAUUUCCCUGUCCCCCUUUUUUCUGUCUAUAUUCCAGAAUUUCAGUAGAUACACAUUGUGAUUAAUAUUGGCCAGAACAUAUUUAAAAUCUGUCUGUAUCCCAACUUUUCCUAUUUUUGUUAUGAUAGUUAAUAAGGAGGCACCGGUAAUUCACUAAACAGUUGAGGUGCCCUGUAUGCAGUCUGCAUGCCCUUCCUUUGUGUUUGUUUUGUCUGGUGCUAGUCUCUUUCCAUAUCCCAGAAACUUGCUAUAGGUGAAUUGUCAGUCCUUCAGAUUGCCAAUAGACAUGCAUCAUUAAUGUCCUAGCAAGGAUUAGUUUCUUUGUUUUGUGCCACAGACUGCUGGGUUAAGCUCCAAGCUUCCAUGUGACCUGAACUCACAAGUGGAUUGAAGAAUAAAUGAUUCAAUUAAGGCAAUUCUCCCCAGUAACCCAUAAAAGAGACAAAUUAUAAUCUCAUCUCUUGUAUUCUUAGUUUGUCAUGCAUUAGGACAACAUAGAAAGGUGUUCAUUUUUUGAACAAGUGUUGCACAUGACAUUUCUAUACAGCAUUACUUGAGUGGUCCCAGAAUUCCUGAUUAAUCUGGCUGUACUGUCUCGGCUCUGAUUUGAUGCCUUAUUUGUGCAUCUUAUUUUCUUGUGUACAUAAUGAUUUUUUUUAAAUAGGCCAAGAAUAAAGGUAUCCAAGACUGACAUGUAAAGGAUGAAAUGUGCAAGUAUGUAAUUUGAAAGAAAUUGCCUGUUUAUUUGUGGUAUAAAUAUGGUUCAUGCAGUAAUGUCACAGAUAGUGCUCAAGUUUUUGAAGGGUUUGUGGCUGUCCACCAUCACGUUUCCAGGAUACAUUGAGAAGGUGUAGGUCCUUCUCCAUUAUUCUAAAAUGGUGUAUUUUGUUGGUUACACGAACUCUGUAGUCAAGCAGAUGUUAGGCCUUGGGGUUGGUUACAUGCUGUAUGAAAUGUCAGCAGUAGGCAUCUUUCAAGCACUUGUCUGGGAUUACAAAACAGCACACAUUUUUCUGUUGUAUUAAAUAGUUGAAAAGAUGAAUUUGUAUAUUUUUAAACAUUGUUUCUUUUGCUUGAUGUAUAUUACAUGUAUACUAAUGCUUCAGAAAACUUGUGAUUGUUGGAGUGCAGGAGCACAUCCAAUGAGUGUUUUUAACCCUUUCUGGAAUGUUCUGCUAAGUAGAUUGGGUUAAAUUUGUCCUUUUUAUAAAAGGAUUGCUUAGCAAAGGUAAGGGACCAAAAGUUACAAACUCAACAGAGCUCAAGUUGAGUGUUUAUGUUCAAAAAUAAAAUUUCUUGUGUUAUACAGAA